AUGAUUUUACAAAGUAGGAAGAGAAAAAACUGUGAAAAGGUUGAAAACAGGAAAGAAAAAACAAUUGAUAAAGAGAUUAUAUAUGAGCAAAUAUUUUCAACCCCAAAAAAAAAUAAGCCAAGAUGUUUAGUGACAGCAGAUAAUAAAAAUAACUUGUUAAAUUAUUUUACUUCUAUUUUAAAUUUUGAAAAUGAUGAAAAUGAAUUUAAAAAAAAGUGGUAUAUUCAUUUAUAUAAAAUAUGUUUAUAUAAUGAGAGAUUAUAUAGAAAUGAUGACAAAGAUAAAAAUUUAGAUAAAUCAACUUUAGAUUAUAAUAUAGAAAAACUUUUAGUUAAACUACAAUAUUUGAUUGAAAGAAAACUAGAUUGUGAAAAUUUAUAUUAUCAAAAAAUAUUAACAAUUAUCUGUUUAUUAUUUGAUUAUUUUCAAAAUAAAAAAAAUAUAAAUAUAAAAAAUUUUAAAAGUUUAAAAGAAGAUGAACAAAAAAUAGUAGAAACUUAUCAUAAUAUAGCGUUAAAACAGAACAAGGAAUCAAAAAAAAGGUCAUUAAGGUUAACUGCUAAUUCUAACUAUGGGGAUGAAGACGAUGAGACACAUCAAGAGGAAAUAGAAAAUGAUGAAAACAAAACGGAAAUUGGAAAAGAAACAAAAUGUUUGAAUUUUCAAAAAAAUUAUUAUAUAAUAGAAUUUAAAAAUAUAUUAUCCGUUGAAAAAAAGAAAUUUAAUAAUUUAGAAAUUUUCUAUCAUAUAACCAAUUUUAUUAUACAUAAAUAUUGGUAUUCUCAGGAAUAUUCUAAUUAUAAUAUUUUUAUUUGGUUUUUAAAUUAUAUGAAUAAUAAAUUAGAUAUUAAAAAAGCAAUAAGUAAGAUAAAUGAGCAUUUGGAAGUUUUUAUUAAUUUACACCCCAAAAUUUUUAAUAUUUCUCAUGCCAAGAAAAAAAGGAAAAAAAAUGUUCAUCAUCAUAAUACGAGUAGUAGUUAUUUUGAAAAUGGAGUUUUAGAUUAUCCAUUUGUUAAAAAUAGAUUUAAACAAACAGGAGGAGGAUUUUCCGAUUUAGCUGAUAUAGAAAAAAAAAAUAAACAAAAUUUAGAAAAUUUAAAUAAAAUAAAUAAUUUUGGUAAUUUUCAGAGUUCAACUAAUUCUUUUUUUAAUAAUACAAUGACAAAUAUGAAGAAUACUAACAAUUCUUCAUUAAAUAAUUUUAAUUCUUCAUUUAAGGGAUUCGAUCAGAAUAAUAAUAUAUUUAAUAAUAAAAAUACAGAAAAUGGUUUAUUCAAAAAGAAUAUUAAUUCCACCUCUAUAUUUGGCAAUGCAUUAAAUAAUAAUCAAUCGAAUAAUAACUUAAUUCCUAAUUAUAGAGUAGGACUUUCUAAUGACUUAAGUUCACAAAGUAAUAUGAGCAAUUUUAAUUUAUCAAUCAAUAAUACAAAUAAUGUUCCUACAUCAAACCUUUUUGGCGUUAAAAAUAACAUAAAUAAUAACAUAGAUAACAAAGUUAAUACUAACCUGAAUAUAUUAAACGAUUCACAGAAUAAACCUUUAAGCAUUUUCGGAUCAAAAAAUAACUCCAAUUUAAAUAUAUCAAAUGCUAAUACGUCUAAUAAUAAUUUUUUUGGUUUUGAAAAAACUGGUUUUAAUACAUUAUUUAGAAAUGUUAAUAAUAAUGAUAAAAAUAUUUUUUCUCUUAAUAAUAGUCAGAAAAAUAAUAUUUUUGAAAAUAAACAAAUAAAUAAUUUGGAUAAAAAUAAAGAUUUAUUAAAUGCUUCUCAAUCAAAUACUACUGCAUCCAUUUUUAAUCCAAAAAAUAAAGAGGAAACAUCUUUUUCAUUGCUAUCAGGAAAUAUAAUGAAUAGUAAUAUGAAUAAUUCCAACAUUCCAUUGAAUUCUAAAUCUAUUUUUGAUAAUAAUAUUAAUACAUCAAAAUCAAAUAUUUUUUCGAAUACCAAAACAGAUGAAACUAUUUUUAACAAAAGCAGUUCAGGUCAUGUAAAUAUUUUUGGUAGCCAGAUGAAUGGAAUGCAACAAAGUCCAUUUAGUAAAUCAGCAAAUAAUUUUAAUAAUAAUAUUUUAAAUAUAAAUAAUAAUAAUUUAUCAAAUAAUAAUGUCUGCAAUAAUUUAUCUCAAAUCAACUCAACAUCUCAAUCAUUUAAUCCUUUGAACAAAUCACAGAAUGAAAAUCAACUUGUUACUCUUUUUAAUAAUGAACAUGGGUCAAAAGAAUUAUUUAAAGAUUUAAAAUUUUCUAAUGAUAGUGGUCCAAAAUUUAGUGUUAAUAAAAAACCUUUAUUUUCUAGAAGAACAACAAAAAAUACUCUUCUAUCUUCUAAUGCUUUAAAUCAAGAAAAUAAUAUAUUUUCUUCAUCAUAUAUGAAUAAAGAUAAUUUAUUAAAUAAUCAAGAUAAACCACUUAAAGUGAUAUUUGGUCAAAAUAAUAAUAAUAGUAUAUCUACUACAAAUAAUACCAUAUUCAAUGUUCCAUCUAAUAAUAAUUUAUUAUGUAAUGCUAAUAAUAAUAUAUUUAAUCAAAAUUCUAAUAUGUUAAAGAAUACAAAUCAGAAUAUUUUUAAUACAGUAUCAAAUAGUAGUAACAAUAACAAUAAUAAUAACAAUAGUAAUAAUAAUAAUAAUAACAGUAAUAAUAACAAUAAUAAUAAUAAUAAUAAUAAUUUUGGAAAUAAUAUUUUUUUUAAUUCAAAUGAUAUUAAUAAAGGUGAAAUUAAUAAAUCACAAAAUUUAAGUAUUCCUGUCAAAAAAUUAACAUUAGAAGAAAGAAAAAAAAAAACAAUUAAAAAUAGUAUGUUAUCAUUAUUUUCGAAUAAUAAUAAUAAUUCCAAUGAUGCUCAUAAUGUGGAUUCAUCAUUAGCAUCUUCUUCAAAGAAUCUUCUAAAUGCAAAUAACUCUACUAAUUUAUCCCUUUUUAAUAUAAAUCCAUCGGAUAAUAAUUCGAUGUCUUUAUUCAAUUUAAAUAAAAAUAACAAUUUUAACAUAAAUAAUAAAAAACAAAAUGUGAGUGAUAACAAAAUAAUAUUUGGAUCUAACAAUAAUUUACUGUCGUUCCAAGAAAACACAAACAAUGAUAAUCAAAAAGGUACAUUAUCCAAUAAUCAAUCUGAAAAUAAUAAUAUAAAAAGUAAUUUAUUUCUUAGUAAAACAUUUAAAGAAAAGGAAACAGAAGAAAAAACAAAAAAAGAGAAAGAAAAAGAUGAAAGCUCAUGUGAGCUUAAAACCAAGAGUAUAUUUGGAUAUGUUGAAAAAGAUGAAAAAAAAAAUAAUAUAAAAAUAGACACAAAAACUUUGUUAAUGAAUUUACAGGGGGAAAAAAAUAAAUACAAAACUAAAGAUAGCAAUUUAGAGCAAAACGUUGAAUUGGUAUCCAAAGAUGAUAAAAAUACUUUUAAGGGAUUUAAUAAUAUACUUCAAAAUGAUUCUGAAACAAGUAUUAAAAAGGAAAAAGACGAUAAUAAAGAAGAAAAAAAUAAAACUUCAAUUUUUGCAAUCGAUAAUAACAAAGAUGAAAAAAAUAAAAGUAUAUUUAGGUUAGAUGAUAAUAAAGAAGAAAAAAAUAAAACUUCAAUUUUUGCAAUUGAUAAUAACAAAGAAGAAAAAAAUAAAACCUCAAUUUUUGCAAUUGAUAAUAACAAAGAAGAAAAAAAUAAAACCUCAAUUUUUGCAAUUGAUAAUAACAAAGAAGAAAAAAAUAAAAGUAUAUUUAGUGUAGAUGAUAAUAAAGAAGAAGAAAAUAAAACUUCAUUUUAUGCAAUUGAUAAUAACAAGGAAGAAAAAAAUAAAAGUAUAUUUAGUGUAGAUAAUAAUAAAGAAGAAAAAAAUAAAACUUCAAUUUUUGCAAUUGAUAGUAAUAAGAAAGAAAAGGAGAACUCUAUAUUAAAAUCAGGAAGUGAAAGUACAUUUGCAUUGAAUAAUAAUAAUAAUAGUGCUUUAAGCAUGAAAGACUUAGAUGAAAAUAAGUUCAGAGAUAAUAUAAAUUAUGAUGAUGUGAAGAAUAGAAAAAGAAGGAGAAAUUUUGAUAUAGAAGAAAAAGAUGAAUCUGGCACCAAUGACCAGGAAAAAGGAAAGCUUUUUAACAAAGAAAUAACAGUAUUUGACAAAGAAUCAAAAAUUAAUGGAAAAAAUGAUUUAAAAGAAUUAUGUAUGAAAAAUGUAAAUGAUAAUAAUAUGUAUUUUAAUGAGAAGAAUAUAAAUAAUGAUGAAAGUAUGUUUUUUAAAAAAAGUAAAAUUGGUAAUGCAUUGAAUGAUACUAAAAAUAUAUUAAAUACAUUGAAAUUUCACAGUAUAUCUAAUAAUGAUAUAAAAAAUGAUGUUUUUAGUGAAGAUAAAAAAAAUGAAUCAGUGAAUGAAACAAAGAUAACUUUUAAAGAAAAUAAUUUAGUUGAAAAAAAUGUUUUCAAUGUAAAUGCUGAAACACAUAUAGAUAAUAAUAUUUUAAAUAAUGAUAACAAAUGUAUUAAUGAAAUCAGUAAUCUUAAAAGUGAUGAUUUUCAUUUAAAACAAAAUCCAGUUGAAGACUUAAACUUUAUGAAAAAAAACAAAAAUGAAGAAAAAAAGACAGAAAACUUUAUUAAUAAUAGCUUAAAUUUAAAAAAUUCAGAAAGUAACAAUAUACAAAAAGAAGAGAGAAUUAUAUUGCAAACGAAUUAUAAUUUACAAAAUCAUAACAACGAAAAUAUAAUAGAUAUAAAUCAAAAGGAGAAAAAUUUUAAGGAGAAUGAAAUAAAUAAAAUUAGAGUUAUGAAGAGGCAAAGAGAAGAUAUAUUUGAUCAUGAUGAAAAAAUGCUCAUGCGAGAAUAUUUAAUACACCAAGAAAGUAGUUAUAACGAUAUAAAAAAUACAAGAAAGGAAAAUACCAUUACUUAUAGAAAAACAAUUGAUAGAAUAGUUGAAUAUAACAAAAAAAUAUCGUUUGACAGCAUUGAAGUAGAUUUAGAUAAAGAUAUGUUAGAUCUACAAGAUUUAAGACAAAACUUAUUUUUAUGCGUUUUAAAUUUUCAUUUAAAUUAUUGGGCAGAAAAAGUUAUUUUAUUUUAUCCACAUAAUGAAAAAAUAAACAAAUUUUGUAAUAGAUUAAUUAAAAUUAAAAAUGAAUUUGAUGAAACAUAUAAUUUUACUUUAUUUGAGCGAAUACAUGAAUUAUCAAAAAAAUUAUUAAAAUCUUUAGAUAAAAAUUGUUGUAUUUAUGAAAGUGUUUUGUUUUUAUCAACAGAAAAUAUUAAUGUGCUAAAAAAUGCUAAACUUUCAUUAUUUGAUGCAUUUAAUAUUUAUCAUUUUUGGUAUCAAAAAAAUAGUGGUGAUAUCCAAAAAAAUUUUCAGAAUUUCAUGUAUACGAAUAAAAUUUAUCCUUGCUACUUAAAUUAUUAUAUGAAUUUAUAUAAAAAUAAUAAGUCUUUUAAUUAUAAAUAUUCAGAUUUAAACCAGAAAUUUGAUCAAAAAAAAAGUAAAAAAAAAAAAAAAAAAAAUUCAAACGCCAAUGUAUCUACCCUAUAUUCAUCAUCAAGUUUGCAUAAUAAUCAAUAUACACCAUAUUCAAUUUAUAAAUUAGUUACAACAAAUUUAAAACAUAAAAAAAAAACAAUUGAACAAUGUAAUAGUGAUUUUUCUUAUAGCAAUAAUGUAAAUUGUGAUAUUUACAAAAGUAAUAAAAAUAAGAAACAAAAAUAUGACAAGUUAGAUGAUAGAAAAGAGGAAGAAAAAGAAGAGGAAGAGAAAGAGGAAGAAAAAGAGGAAGAGGAAGAGGAAGAGGAAGAGAAAGAAGAAGAAGAAGAAGAAGAAGAAGAAGAAGAAGAAGAGGAGGAAGAAGAAAGUGAAGAGACAGAGGAGGAGGAUGAAGAAGAUGAAGAUGAUCAACGAAAAAAUAAAGAUGAAAGUUAUUUAAAAGAAAAUAACUUAAUGAAUAUUUUAAAUUCUAAUAGUAGUGAUAUAUCUGAUGUAUUGGAUAAUAAUUACAAAAAUGAAUCAUUGAAUAUAAAUAUAAAAGAAAAGUACAUAUAUUUUGCAAAAAUAAAAAGUAGAAAAAGCAAAUUUAAAUUACCUUCUCAUAUAAAAGUAAAAAAAUUAAGUGCUUGUGAAUGUAUCCUAUUAGAGUUAAUGCUAAAAAAUAAUAUUUUAAAUGUAUUGAAAAAAUAUAAAAUUUUUAAAAUGGAAAAAUAUGAAUAUUUGUACAUUAAUUUAUUAGCAAUGCUGAAGCAUUAUAAUUAUUUUUCAACUGAUAAAGUAGAAAAUAUAGAUGAUAUGAAGAAAAAUCAAUUUUCAAAUUUGAGUGAAACAAAUAAUAAUUUGAAAAAUAAUAUUGAUAAUUUAAAAGAAAAAUCUAUGAAUUCAAAAAAUGAGAAAAUUAAUAUAUUAAAGAAACUUUGUGAUAAAAAUUUGUUAUAUUACAUAAAUAUUCAAUUAAAAAAUAUAUCUCACUUAAUGAGUUAUAAUGAAAUUGAAAUAGCAUGUGCUUAUUUAAAUCAUAUUAAAAAUAAUUUAUACGUUAUGUUUCAGAUGCCUAUAUUAUUAUUUAAUGUAUUAUUUGACAGAAUUGUACAUUCAUACAAUGAUUAUAUUAUUUUAGAAAAUUUUUUCAAUAAUUCAUAUUUAUUUAGUGAUUUCAGAUAUGAGUAUAUUUUUAAAACAAAAAUAGCCUAUAUGCUUUUCAAAAAAUUUUAUUCUUUGAACGAUAUUGAAAAUGCUAUAAAAUUUGCUUUAUAUUUUGAACGUUAUAGAACAAAGUCACAAAAGAAUAAUAUAUAUAAUGAUUAUAUAUUUCAUAAAAAUUUGAUUAAUUCCUAUAUUAAAGUUCACGAAGAUAUUAUUCCAACAGAAUGGAUAAAUCUACAAAAAUCCAACGGGGAGUUAAAUAAUGUAAAUGAUUCAGAGUAUUUAGAUUAUUAUUCAUUCUUUUUCAAAGAUAUAUCCAAAUGUAUAAAAUUUAAUAUUAUAGAAAAAAUAAUAAGUUUUAAUAUUUUUAGUUUACAUAAAGAAGAUUACAAUACUAGAGUUAAAACAAGUGCUAAUAAUGAAGAAAACAAAUUUGCAUGCUAUUUUCUCUACAUGGUUAAUAAAUCACUCUUAGAUGAUUUAGUUAAUAUAUAUUCAUUAAAAGGAGAAUAUUUUUAUAAAAAAAUUUCAACUAGCUUGAUAAAUCAUACUUUGGUAAAAGAUUAUGAGAAAGUUCAUAAUAAACACUUUCAUUUAUAUACUCAAGUGGCAAAUAUAAAUGAUUUUAUGAAAAUGCAUUUUUUUGAAUACAUCAAUUUUUUUAAAAAAAAAGAACUUUAUCAUAUGGAAAAAUCAAAUAAUGAGAAUCAAAUUAUGGAUAACUUAGUUAAUGUAAUAAAAGUAAAUGGCAAAAAAGUAAUUGAAGUAAUUAAUACACUAGUAGAAAUAAUUAUGAAAAUAGAAAAAGAAAUUAUAAAUGAUAUCAAUAUAUAUAUAAUUAUAAAUUUGAGAAAUAUAAUUAUUGAUACUUUAUAUUUAUUUAAAUAUGUUUUCAAUAGCAAAGAUUUUUCACUAAAUAUUGUUGAAGAUAUGUAUAGAAAUCUAUUAGCAUUUAAUAAUACUAUUUAUUCCACUUUAUCUGAUGAUUCCUACAUUUAUCCAAAAGAACAAAUCAAAGAGUUGUUUACAUAUAUAAAACAUAAAUUUACUAAUCAGCAUUCAAUAAAUUAA